AUGCUAUCGCCCUCCACGAACAUAUUUCCAGCCCCAGAGACAGUGCCAGGAGAGAAGACCUACUUGCCUGGGUUUGGGCAACCGAUGAACUACUACCCGGAUGGAAAGGGGAAGGAUCGUCCGUUUCCUAGUGUGCUGAACCCGACAGACAUGAACCAAUCUCGGACGAUACUGGAGCUCACGACGCUUCGCGAAUUCAAGAUGCUCCAGAUCAUGAACCAGAUCACCGACAAGCCCAACUGGAAUAUCAAGGUGUUCGACGAGGCGGUAGCAGAGAAAUGGAAGUCCGAAGCCCUCGCUCUCACCAACGAGGAUAUCACAGAGGCGAUGAUGAACUGGGUCAUUGACGAACUGCGCUACAAAGCGUCAAUCUUCUCUCAGACCGGCGCGGUCUCCGUCUACACUGGGGAUGUUGUCAAAUCCGACUCUGCCCUCCCAGAGUCGUUCAAACACCAGCUUCAAGCCGCCGUCAAAGCCCUGGAAGACGUCCCGGAGAAAGAUAAAGACUGGCACCCAGGCUCAAAUGGGAUGGUGCUUGACCUCGUGCACCCAUCGCUCUUCCCGCUUGUUUAUGGCCGAUCGAGGGUCCUGGAGAGAGGACGCGUGACGUUGGAGGAUUGCAUCGCGCGGUGUGGGGAGGGCAUUGAGGUCCCGGUUCCUACAGAAGAGGAAAGUAAGGUAGAUCCGCCCCCACCGCACUGCGAUAGCCUCCCAUAUAGGAUCCUGGGGGAGACAUAUAGUCGGAAGUUCCAAUGGCUCCCAUGUGAAGUCGAUAUUUCCUCGGACAAGGCCAAAAUAACCAGCUACAUCAAUAACCUCCACCCAGAGAAGCAUAAGGCGCUCUAUGGGCUCAUAGAGCAGGUCAUAGAUGCUACCAUUCCGCUCUGGAACACGAGCCUCGCGCCCACUGUCGAGGUCAAAUGGAAUCGUCGCACACGCAUCCAUUACUCCGCGAGUCUUGACGAAGGCGAAGAAGUUGAACGACCGGAACCAGGAACGUUCGUCGCGCCAACAGACCCGCCUCAGCUGGAUCUACGAGAGCAGUUUAGAGAGAAAGGACUCCAGGUCAUCGUGAAGCUCGCAAAUAUUCAUCUGACCCCUGAUAAUAAUCAUUACGCUGGCGGGACCUGGCACGUCGAAGGGCAGCUGAACGAGCACAUCUGCGCUACAGCGCUCUACUACUAUUCCAACGAGAACACCGCUAACAGCACACUCGCCUUCCGGCAGCAAUCUGAUGCAGUGGGGGUAACGUACACGAACUACGCGCAGGACGAGCACGACUUUCUAGAGAUCGUUUAUGGAUGCAGGAACGGCGACCCGGGCGUGCAAAUCGUCGGUGGAGUACACACGCGUGAGGGGCGCCUACUCACCUUCCCGAACAUCCUGCAGCACCAGGUGCAGCCGUUCGGGCUGAAGGAUGCAUCCAAGCCAGGCCAUAGAAAGAUCCUUGCACUGUUCCUGGUCGACCCGCACAUUCGGGUGUUGAGCACGGCAAACGUGCCCCCGCAGCAGAGGGAUUGGUGGGCUGGGCGCUUGAAUGAGGUUGGUACGGGGUUGGAUAGGUUGCCACAGGAGUUGAAGGAUGAGGUGUUUGGGGAGGUCCAGGGCGGGUUCCCGAUUAGCUUGGAGGAGGCAAAGGAGCUCAGGAAGGAACUGAUGGAAGAAAGAAAGCGAAUUCAGGUCAAGCACGGUUAUGCGUUCGAGUACAAGCAGUUUUCCCUUUGUGAGCAUUAG